AUGACUUUAUUAAAUUUUGUAUAUACCCUUUUUUUACUUUCUUUUGUACAUUCAAUUCCAAUGCCUCCAACAAUAUUAACUGAACCCGAUCCUGAAGUUAUAUUUGAUCCACGUGUUAAUAUUGAACUUCCAUGUAUAGGAAAAGGAAAUCCAGCUCCAAUUUAUACAUGGACAAAAGAUGGUCGUUUUUAUGAACCAAGUGCACAAAAUAAUCGUGUUGCUAUGGGUAGUGAUUCAGGUACACUUAUUUUUACUCAAGCACAACCUAUUGAUCAAGGAUGGUAUCAAUGUAAUGCAACAAAUAUGUGGGGUACUGCAGUAUCACGUAAAGUUCGUGUACGUCUUGCUGAACUUGGUGCUUUUCCGAUUUAUGAUAAACCACAAGUAAUUCAAGUACGACGUGGUGAUUCAUUAAAAAUUCCAUGUAAACCACCAACUGGUGUACCUGAUCCAGAAACUUAUUGGACAGAUAAUACAAAUACAGGCGAUCAAUUCGGUUUUCUUGUAUCAAAUCCUCGAAUUCAACAAGAUUAUUAUGGAAAUCUUUACUUUUUAAAUGUAAAAGAUGAAGAUGAACAAAAACAAUUUAUUUGUAAUGUUUUUUCACGUAAAUUAAAUGUUAUUCGUCGUGGUGCAUUAACACAAAUUCAAGUAAUUAAAUCCGAUCCAAAUAAUCGUCGUCCAAUGAAAUUAUGGACAUCUGAAGCUAAUAAAGUUUUUUUAAAAGGUUAUAAAUUAACAUUAAAAUGUAUUUUUGGUGGUUUACCAACACCUGGUGUUAUAUGGAGAAAAAUUAAUGGUACAAUACCUGAAAGACGUGCAACUGUUAAUAUGGAAAAACAAGAAUUAGUUAUUAGUGAUCUUCAUUUUGAAGAUGCAGGAUUAUAUGAAUGUCGAGGACAUAAUGAAUUGGGUAAUGAUUUAUUUAGUAUUAAUGUUCGAAUUGAAGCUGAUCCAUAUUGGAUAGUAAAACCAAAAGAUAUUCAUGUAACAGAAGGAGAAACAGUCGAUUUUAUUUGUGAUGCAGAAUCUAAACCACCACCAAAUAAUAUUCAAUGGUUUAUUAAUGGUUAUCCAUUACAAGAUCCAAGUGUACGACGUAAUCCACGUCGACGUGUUGUUAAAAAUCGAAUGAUUAUACAAAAUGUUACAAAAUUAGAUACGGCUGUUUAUCAAUGUAACGUUACAAAUAUUCAUGGUUAUGUUUUUGCAAAUUUUUUUGUUAAUGUUAUUUCGGAAAAACCAGAAAUUCAACGUGGGCCAGAUCCAUUACUUCGAGCUGUUGAAGGACAAAAUGUUAUUCUACCAUGUGAAACAUUUGGUGCUCCAAUGCCAAAAGUUUAUUGGAGCAAACGUGAUCAAGUUAUAACUGGUGGGAGGUAUACGAUAUUAGAAGAUGGAAGUUUAAUGAUACGUGAAGCAUCAGCAGCCGAUAGUGGUGUAUAUAUAUGUAAUGCAACAAAUAAAUUUGGUUCGGACAUACGUAGUGGAACAUUAAAUGUUAAACGAAAAACUCGUAUACAAACACGUCCAGGAAAUCAAGAAGUACGUCGCGGUUAUUAUGCUAUAUUUCGUUGUACAGCUGUUGCUGAUACAUCAUUAACAUAUGAUAUUGAUUGGUAUAAAGAUGGACGUUUACUUGCUUAUACAGGUCGUUUUAUAAAAGAUAUUGCUGAUCAAAAUACAUUAAAAAUUGUUGAUGUACAAUUUGAUGAUGGUGGUUCAUAUGUAUGUCGUGCAAGUACAGAACUUGAUUUUGAUGAUGCAAGUGCAACAUUAGUUGUACAAGAUCGACCAAAUAGACCAAAAAUAACAAAAGUUAAUUGUAGUGGUUCAACACAAAAUGCAUUUGGACAACCAUUUGCUAUUGUUCAAUGGGAAGCAACAGGUGAUAAUAAUGCACGAAUACUUUAUUAUGAAAUACAAUAUAAUACAUCAUUUCAACAAAAUGAUUGGAUAUCUGUACCAGUUGAACGACGUCGAGAAACUUAUACAGAAAUUAAAUCACAAGAUGGUUCAGUUAAAUUAGAACCAAAUACGAUAAUUUAUCGUACAACACGUCUUCCAUCAAAUCAAUAUGAUUUACGUGUAACACUAUCAUGUUGGGCUAAUUAUACAUUUCGUGUUAUUGCUUAUAAUCGUAUCGGUGCUAGUGAUCCAAGUGCAAUAUCAGAAUCUAUGUGUUCGACAACAACAUGUCGACCUAGAUCAAAUCCUGUUGGUGUUAAAGCAUAUACAACACCAUUCAUACCAUUACUUAUCGAAUGGGAUAGUAUGCCACCAAUAAAAUGGAAUGCACCAAAAUUUUGGUAUGAAGUUGGUUGGCGUCCAUUUGUGCCAGGCCCUAAUCCAGAGCCAUUCAUGACUGAACGCGUUUAUCCACCACAAAAUCGAUUUGCUAUACCAAAUCCAGUUCUUAAUAUGCGUUAUCAAUAUUAUGUUAAAGCAGUUAAUCAACAACCAGGAGAAAUCAACGGUGCUGAUGCAAAUGAACCUCCAAUGUUUUUUUAUGCAUUUGCUGGUGAUUCGGCACCAACAUAUAUCCCACGUAAUUUUCGUGUAAUGCAAGUAAUGGAUGCUACAACAGUACAGUUUGCAUGGGAACCUCCACUGGGUGUUGAUGAAGUUAAUAUUCGAGGCUUUCUUAAAGCUUAUCAAAUUGAAAUGUUUCGACUUGAUGAUCCUGAAAAUUCUCUACGUGUUAUACCGAAUAUUUCACCAAAUUUAACUUGGGCAACAUUUUUUAAUUCUCCAGCACAUGGUGAGAUUGGUGCUCGAAUUCGUAUCGAAACUGAACGUUAUUUAGGACCAACAAGUCUUGUGGUUCAGUUUGUGACAAGAGAAGGACGUCCAGGUCCAGUUACUAAUUUACGUGGUGUACCAUUUGCUGGUAAUGGAAUUUUUCUCUUUUGGGAUCCACCUGAUGAACCAAAUGGUUAUAUAAUUGGUUAUCAAAUUGAUUAUAGAACAAUUGAAAGCAUUGUUGCUCAACCAGGUCUUGAUCAACCACCAAUAAUAAUUCAAGAUUUUAAUCAACGAAGUUAUCUUAUUGGUGGACUUAAACCAAAUACAAGAUAUCGUGUUCAAGUACGAGCACGUACUGUAGCUGGUCUUUCAACAAGUCCAGCUAUGAUUGAACUUACAACAAAUUAUAGUCUUGUACCAUCAAAACCAAAAUUUGUUGUUACAUAUCGAGGAACAACAUUCUUUAAUGUUUCAUUUGAUCCAACCAUAAUGCAUAUUCCUGGUAGUCUUUAUUAUGUACAAUAUAAAGAAGAUGAAAGAGAUGGUCAAUCAAUAUUUAAACGAACAUAUGUUGUAUCAAAUGAUCGUACUAUUAUUGUUAGUCCACUUGAACCAGGUAAAACAUAUAUAACAAUAUUAGUUGCUGGUGAUGGUAUACGUGCUGAAACAAAAAGUGAUCCUCAAUCGAUUACAACACUUGGCAAAGAUCGUCGUCCACGAGUUGUUGAUUCACCUUGGUUUAUUGGUCUUCUUAUUGCAUUAAUUAUUUUAUUUAUUGUUCUUAUUGUUGUUUGUGCUCUUAUGACACGUAAAGGUGGAAAAUAUUCAGCAUUGGAUCAAGAUGUACCACAUGGUGUUGAUGAUGGCAAAUUUGUUGAUUAUGAUCGAGCACCAAGUGACGCUUCAAUGGGAGAAUAUGAGGAUGAUAAACGACGUACAUAUUUGGUUAAAUAUGGUGAUGGUGUUGCUAGUGAUGGUCAAAAUGAUGAUCAAAAGAAUUUUUCAACUGCUGUAUAA